AUGGUUGAGUGUGAUACUCCAUGUGAGUUGGUUAGACAGUUCUUGUCUAAUCUUGAGCGUAGACAAAGAAAUCUUGGAAAAAGAAAGAGUAAGCUAGAUGGUUAUCGCGAAAAACUGCAGAAAGGUGAGGUUCUGAAAGAGGAACAAAAGAAAGCUGUCGAAAGCUAUGAUGGUGUGGUUCAAAACAUUUCGUUUGUGCAAGAGAUUGUGGCACAGACGAGAGAUCUCUUGUCGAAUAUGGAGUCAGUCGUUGAUAAGCAAAUGUCCCAACUGGAAGCUGAACAUGAGAAAUAUACACUUUCGUAUCUAAGUGUCCACAUGUGCUUGGAACGUUUCUUUGCUUCCUUGGAUAUUCCAGCAGUUCGUUCAGCCGUCACAAAAUCUUCAUCAGAAAACAGCCUUAAGUUGCUAGACGCUGUACGAGACAUAUUAACACCACCGGUAGUGGAUAAUUGGCCUGGACUUAGUUCUUCAGCUCUAUCCUCUGUCCCCAACUUUUUACAAGCACGGGAAGAUCUUAAGGCUGUUGCUACAAACACCUUCAAUUUGGUGAGUGGAAAUUCAGUAUCUGUUCCACUGUCAAACGAUUCAGAGGAUUUACGGAAGAAACACACGACCUACAAAGAUGUUCGCAAUCUGUGCUUCCGACUACUGUCUAACCCACUUGUUCAGCAAUCAAUGGGUCUUAUUAGUGAUAGUAGCACAACGAUUGUACCAGAACCAACACAAGUUGUUACAGAUUCGGAAAUCAACUCACCUAUCGGCUUAUCAGGUCCUGCUGAAGUCACUACUGUUCCGUACAAUGAAUUCGCAACAGGUGUGCACUCUUCUGUUACAACGUCAAACGAACCGGUGGAUCAAGUUAUCCGACCACUCAGUAGCACGUUUAACUUCAUCCAGGCUUCUAGAGUCAACCAUUCGCAUAUCACACCCGAACCUCCAGCAAACUACGACGAUGUUAUGCCUGUUAAUCAAUUACCAAAUGAAACAAGUGUUUCUUGUUUCAGCAAUCAUAAUAUCGAGGAUAACAUAGACCCUUCAUUGGUUACAAGGAUAGACCAACAAUAUGUUUUGAAUAUUCCAGAAGUUGAACACUCAAAGAUUGAAUUAUUCGGAAGAAGUUCAUCAUCUUUGUCAUCAGACAAUAUCAAUCAACCUACGUCUUUUAAAUCAAUAUUAUCUCAGGAUGAGCAUGAGGGAAAUAGCAAUAUACACAAACCAAUUUCAUAUGCGGAUUCUGUUCGGAGAGCAGGCCAAGUACACGCAGGUUUUAGUCGACAAGCAGUUGUAGAUAAUAUAAACUCUAAAAAGAUCGACCGCACAAUGGAUGAAAACUCUCGUGAGUCCGAGCAACUUGAUUCAAAUUUCGCGCGUGGAAAUUCCAAAGUUGGAUCACGUAGUCGCAUUCCAAAUGAAAAUCGAGGUCGUGGAAGCGGUGGUCCAAGACGCAAUACCGGUCAGCGGGGUGGUGGCGGUAAUUUCGGUGCUCAUCCAGGUCGUGGUGGCGCACAUCGAGGAAUGACUACUGCAUUUGCUCAACCUACUUACUGA